GGCAACCGGCAGAUAGCACGCGCAAGUUCGCUGGCUGGAUGGUGUCGCUAUGAUAGAGUCAUGGCGCUCUACGGCAAGUCCGCAAUGGAUAAACUCAUAGGAAGCGAUCAUUUCUCAUUAUCGGAUCUUGUGAAAAGUUUUAACAAUGCCAUAAAUGAAGAACAGGCAUGGGCAGUGUGUUUCCAAUGUGCCCAAUUUUUUCUCCGGGGGCAACCCCAAGAAAAGUACCAGGAUUUGUACAUGUUCGGGAGCCAAGCAUUACGACUUUCAAAAGAUGGUGAAGUUGUCAUUGAUUGUCAGUCAUUAACAAGCAAAGGAUCGGGUAAAGGCCCACCUGACAAUCGGAAUUCAUUAUUCAAUAAGGGCAGUCGAAUCGCAAAAGAAAAAGAUGCUGUUCAGGCUCUUGGCCUUGCCAUUUACCAUGCAAUGGAUUAUGGGAUGGGAGAGACGGAAGAGAGACAACUCUCUCCCGAUCUCGAAGACCUCAUCGGUCACAUGACCGAGGAAGAUGAUGAUGAUGACUCCACAUGUGCUGAUGAUGAAGGGAUAGAGAAAGACGCUGAGGAUGAAGAAGACAGACAUAGACAGGGAAAGCAUGGCUACUGCUUUUACGAUAUUGCACAGUGUUGCAUUCGUCACCUGUCUUCCCGGCAAGACCCCCACCACCAUUACAAGGCUGUGUGUCGUGCAGUGGUCACCGAGGCUCAAGAGCUCAUCACAUUCCUCGAUAAAAUAUCAUCAGAUCAGAAGAACCUUGCUAAGAAGAAGGAAGCACCUGAUGUCGACACUGUUGAAGAACUGCAGAGAUCUGAUUGGGCUCGUCUGUGGGUGCAGAUUAUGCGACAACUCCGUAAUGGAGUUCGGUUAAAGAAAGUCGAACAUGUGGUCCUGCCACAGGAUGAGUUCGAGCUCACGCCAUUUGAGAUUCUUUUGGAAGACAUCCGAUCUCGGAGAUACAAUCUCAACAGAAUAAUGGUCAAUGGUACCUUUCCCCCUAAAGUGAAGAAUGAUGCUCAUGCCGUCAUACUGGACUUUAUUCGGUCUCGACCGCCCCUCAGAAGUGUGAAGGACAGGAAGUUGAAGUCCCCUCCUCCAAAAGUCCAUGACCCCCAUGAACUCCUGCUCACAGACAUUCGGUCUAUGCCCAAAUUGAGGCCCAUCAGAGAUGGUCGCCUCGUUGGUGAGUCUGACAAGACAUCCCCAGUGGAGACGUCACGGACAAAACUAAAUCGUGGGGAUUCAGAUGAAAGUCCCCUUCCUGUGAGGAAAGUAAUCAAACCUGACUUCACUCUUCUCCUGAACAAUAGUUUUGAGGAGGAACUGUCUGACGACGAGGGCAACCUUGGAGAGGAGAGUAGAAUUCACGUGGGGGCGAGCCAGAUCUCCCCACUGUCUCCAGUGUCCCCUGUACACGACCACAUCACGCCUGUCAUGGAACGUCCUGUCCUACGAGAUCAUACCACUGCGGAGCGAGUUUGCAAACUUCAAAGGAGACACACGAUCAUGGUGUGUGAAUCGCCGACAGAGGGCAAGGUAAUCCAGAAAGAGUUACCUCCCUUAGAGGAAGACCCAGAGAGAGAGCUGGAAGAGGAAGUUGAAUUUCUGUCCCAGAAUUCUUCCUCACACUACACUAGUCCACCAUCGUAUUGUGCCGGUAACAUUCGGCGACAAAUGAUAGCUCACCAGACUAGUCAAAAUAAUUCACGUCAAAUGGCGUCUGAACGAACUGAACACAGGAAGUCUUCUGCUGGGAGUUUAAGUGCGAUUCCGGAAGUCGAUGAUAAUUGCACGGAUCAUGAUGUAUCCGAUAGUGUUUGUGAUGUGGAUCUGUCUGAAUUGAAUGCAUCCGAACUUUUGCAUGUGAACUGGAAAACUGCAUGUACACGCGAUGGAGCGUCUAACGGUCACUCGCACUGUCAAGACUGUCGGCCUAAACCUUUUUCAUUCUACCAGGAACUUUUCCAACGCCCCUAUCGACAUCCCUAUGUUAUAGAGAAGAAGUGGCAGAACCCCAUUGAAUGUCUGAACCUCACCCUGGAGGAGGUGACCCAUAUCCGUACUGUGCUCACCAAGGCGGAGUUGGAGUCCCUCAUCACCCAGCCGGAGCUCUAUUCACAGGUCGCCAAGAGCAAGCUCUGCUUCUCUUGCAAGAUCACCAAGUUUGCCCUGUUCGGGGAGUGGGGGACGAAGUGCCGGUUCUGUAAGCGGACAGUGUGCAGCAAGUGCCUUAGGAAGAUGCAUGUGCCGACAGAACACUUCAAGAACAUCCCUGUGUACACACUGAGUCCGACGCCUCUCAGCCCCGAGAUGAAGGAAGCUAUUGAAACUUAUAAAAGUUUGAGUCCCACGGGGUCGUCUCCACCCACACCUAUUGUGCCCCGGAGACCCAACCUCGACAACCGCCCUGGCCGCAAGAAACCUCUGCAGAGGUCCCAGUCCAUGCUAAUCAAACCUGUUACCCCCAAAGUGACGAGAGGCCCCCUAAUGAGCAUUUGCUGUGAUUGCAAGGAUAUGGUCACUGAGAUCGUUAGAGCAGGCCGCACGUCCAUUUCUUUGAUCAACCAGGGUAAAGAUCCUACUACUGAAGUGAGGCUCAACCUCAUCAAGUGAGGCAUGGCGAGAUCUUGUGCUACUGUGCUAAAGCAAAUUGUGAGUGCAAAUUCAGGUUCUAAUGAGGUGAAACUUUUACAAUGGAAGCAUUCCUCGUGACAGUUUGGGUACAUUCGAUGAUGGAUAAGCUGAGCCUGUGUUAUAACAUUGAAGAUAACUGGAUUUAACGAAGUGAUUUUCAGUGUGUGAAAAAGGCUGAAAUUUGGACAUGGGAUUUUGAUAUUCCGUGGCAUGAAUGACAUGGAUACAUGGAAUAUAUGGAAUACAUGUAUUAAUAAUGUACAAGAAGUUGUGGACAUCCCCUAUCGUUUUGAUCCGAUAUCUGACAUUUUCUCCCAACUUGGAGCUUGUUGUCAGGCCUUCCUCCAAACAAGGAACAUAUGGUUACGAUUGUGUGGAAGAUAACACAAGAUGCAUUUGUCCUUCGAUGGAAGAAAACACCAAGUGAAAUCCAAGAUGGAUGCUGAUCACCAAUGAGAAGUGUGGAUAAUCACAUUUGACUUCAAAUCCAGGAAUUGUUCAUUUUGGAUAUUUGCCAUAUUCUCUGAAUUUUAUUUUUUAUUUAAAUUAUUUGAUGUUUCUGUUUAGUUUCAUUCAAAUUAGUGUUGCAAUUAAGACAAAUGAGUUUUAAAUUAAUCCAUUUAUAUUUACAAGAAAUUAAAACCAAUUCUGAAGAAUUAUUUAAGCCAAAGAACAUGAAAUUAGCAUAUUUCAACUUAGUCCCAUUUUAGAGGCAUGUGAAUAGUUUUUCUUCAAAGGAAAAAUAGUAUCUUAUCCGAGUAAAAGUAGCAAAAGUGCCUGUCUCAGAUAGAAGGAAGAAUAUUUAGUGCUUUGUAUAAUUGCAAAUCCAAGAUUUGUUUCAGAGGAAAGGGCACCAAAUAUAAAAACACCAUUUACCAUUUUGCUGGAAUCUGUAAAACAGACAUUUCUGUAGCAAUGGUUACUUUCAACAAAUCUUGAAUCUCAAACUGAUAUAUGUAACCAUGAAACCGGAACUUUUCAAAUUUGUUUAUGUAUAUUUAUACAGCACAUUCAUCUUGGUAUAAUCAACCAUUCAGUUAUUUCCAUUACGAUCAGGUUUGGUUUCCCAGGAGAAAAAAAAUCAUGCUAACAUAAUCAAUGUACAUUUUUGUGAAUAUAUGAAAAGCUUUUGUUUUAAAAGGUGUCUUGUAACUAUAGCAACAUGUGAAUAACCUAGUUACCAUAGCAACCACAUUCUUAACCUUGACAUGGUGACCUUUGAGAUUAUGAAGCCGCAGUUAGAAUACAUUAAAUACAACAGAAUGAAAAUAUUAUGCUGUGAAACCUAUAUUGUGAGGACUCCACCUGUAAACCUUUCCAUUCUGGACACCUGUCAUUCUGGACAGUUACACCUGGAAUGAAUGAUUGAUAUUCCUUCUGACUCAUUAUUAAUUAUUGCAUGAAGCUGUUGAUGCAGAUAGUUUCACUGUAGUAUGAACAUCCGGAUUAAGUGUUGUUUCAGUUCAGUAUUUCAAGGAAAUAUCCUAUAUUGGGAAUAAUUUCUUUUGAUUAUUUUCUAAUCUUUCAAAUGUUAUUUAAUAUUUUUUUCAUCAUACAUAGUUUGUACGAUUGGUAUAUAUGUCAGUGAAAUAUCGGCUAUAAUUUGACUGACAUCUGACGUGUAUGACGACAAUUGAUGUAUCUAGCUGCCAGUAAACUGGAGGGCCACCAUUUAACCUGCAAGUGUUACUGUAUAUAGAUUUUAUUCAGGACCCGUAGUCUUCCAAAUAUUUCACAACGCACGUACAAAUUUUAGAACUGUUGAUCUAGCUAGGGCUUUCAUACGAUUCUGACAGAGCUGUUGGUUUGAUUGAUGGAAGUGUUCUUGUAUAGUUUCCAUACAGAUUUGGAAAUAUAUUUCGUGUGAUCUUUGAAGAAUACAAUUUGUGUUUGUUGAAGGUCAGUCAUCCAAUGGAUGGCAUUGAAGUGACAGGGAAUAUGCCUCCCUGGAUUUUAUUUGUAAGGUUGAUGCUGUUGGGGUUAAUUCCAAUGAAUAAUUCAGAGACAAUGUCCAUGUACACCAAACAUUUGUUAAUUGUUAGUUCACAAUACCUUCUGAAAGUCAACCAACCAGAUAUUUCUGACUAUAUAUUACCUGAUCAGGUCAUCGGUUGCAUGGUAUAAGCUGAAUUUGUUUUAUAAUGCAGAGUUGUGUCCCUUAGCCAUGACAGGAUCUGAUUGUUCAAAACCCAUAUUCACCCAAUUAUGAUCCAAACUGGUACAUGUCAACAAUUUUGUGGUUUCUUCCAUCCUUGAGCUGACAUGCAUGAUUUAACUGAAACAACGUUCAAAGCAUAGUUAAACCCAACUCACUCACUCUCUCUUCAACUGCUGCUCUACAUAUGGCAAUCAUGCAUGUCGUAAGAGGCGACUUGUUUGAUGCAUGUCAUCGUAUCACAAUGGCAUAGGGAGAUGCUCAUGAUGUCAGUCACGUGACUGUCUGGCCAAGACUUGAUUAUUUACAGACGGCCAUCAUAUAGCUGGAAUAUUGCUGAGUGCAGUGUUGAACAACGAACAACAACAUGUGGCAGAUACAGCCAUGAUUUCAUGGUUGUUUCACACAGAUCGUGAUGCAGUGUCGAUGUCAUCAAAACAACUGAGCACAUGUGCUUCCCCAAGCAAUAUCAAGUCAAAUCCAUCAAUUAAAUCAAACAAAGAAACAAAGUGUUUCUCAAAGACAGAGAUAAGGCUGAAGGAAUUGAAAAUAUUUUAGGAUCUUAUCUGAAAAGUUGACUCAUUUUUUGAAGAAUCAAACUUCAAGUGUUUUCUUUCAUCAAAGUUUGGUAUUUACAACAACCAGACUCUGAGGUCUGAAGAUGAGAAUACUAAUGUUGGUCACAUUGCUCAGCUACCAUUGGUCAGUUCAACUUGUUGCCUCAGGGUUAUGUUGCCUGCAGACUUACCUCCCUUGGCUGGCCAGUGGAGUGUAAGAUUGAAUCACAUUUAUUCAGCAACGACCGAGUGUAACACUUACACACUGACUUUAAAUCAAAUUCAUUUUUAGACAUUUCUCAUUUAAUUUAUAGUCUUGCUGAAUGAGAUUGUUUGGUAGAGCUGGACAAAGGCUGAGGGAGCCAUGAAUGUGAAUGUCCUUCGAUCCUUCUGAAACUUCAAAAAUAAGAUGCUCACUCUCAACCCUGUUUGGAGGCCCAGUUGUCUAAGGCAUGGGAUUCGCUGGGCAGAGUUGUCUCCCUUAGGUGUUUCAGAAGAAAUCCUCAUUCGUCCUGAUUGAGUUUCUAGUUUUGUCAGCACCAUAUCUGUGCUUGGUUGUUUCUCCAAAGUGGUAAACGUCUUAGACCUGCAUCACUUUAGGGUUCCCUCCGAAAUCAAACUGACACACAGUGAUAUAACUGAAAUACAGUUCUUCAAAGCGACAUUAAACCAAACUCACUCUCUCUGGCCCCUGAUAUGGAGAAAUCUAGCCUCUGCCUUUGAGAAACACUGAUGAAAUGUCCGAAUCAGAGCAAUAAUUGUUACGACUAGGAAUCCCCUGUAUAGGCCCAAAUAUACGUUGCUUGUUGGUUGCUAGUCACAUGACUGUCCAUAUUAAUAUUGCUGUUUUACAUGUUUAUUUAUUGUACAUUGUUUUAGAUUCUAACAUGUUAUCCAAUAGGUUUUAAUCACCAAUGACCCUCACAGACAUAUCUGUAUGUUCCUCAUCGUCACCACUCCUGAUAUUUUAAUUUCACUGUUCCAUCACUAUGCUAUUUAAGUUUGUAUUUAGAGCUGAUGUUGGCAGAUUAUGUAUAUCUCAGGAAAUUAAUUCAGUUAUAUAGAUGUGCUUACAUUCUAUUUCCUAGCCAUGUUUUGCCAGUUUAUUUUGCCCAAUUUACAGAGUUGUGAAUUGCUUCAGUUUGUUACAAUGGAUAUGUUUGUAUUAACUUGACAAUAGACUUUUUAUUCCACAGUUUUAACACACAAAGCUGGUUGUGUGCUGAAUAGCACAGAACUGAUUGAAGGGAGGUAACUCUCAGAAAGAUUGUUAUGUGAUAAUCAGACCGCUGCCUUGUUCAACAUAAGGGAGGAUUUUCUUAUUUUACUUUUCAUGUGAUGGAGAUGUUAAAUUACUAACUGGACACACACAACUAUAACAGACAAGUAAUUAUAGGGGCACUAAUUAUUGCCUAAUGUAACAUCUGGAAUGCCUCUUGUACGUACAGCAUAGGUUACAUUUCAGUGUGAGAGAUAAUAACUACCAAUUUUCUUGGGCAACAGCUUUUGAAAACUUAAUGCAGAGGUCAGUGUUUGUUUCAUUUGAGAAAAGGUAUACCGACAAGGGGUCACUAUUGUUUGUUAUGGUCCCUCAAGAAAA